CGAUUGCGAUACUACCACGUCCAUCAACAGAAGUCUGUUGACGGGCGCAAAGUAUUCCCUUUCGAUAGUUCAGGAAUGGUAAUGGAUGCCAGUGGGGAAAUAAGUGAUGGCUGAAGUAUUGUUUUUCAAUUAGCUGUAUGAAAAUAUCUUCGGUACCCAGUGUUAUGGGAAUUCAGAAACUGUAAAUGUCAUUACUUUCAGUUUCUGCAGUGUCAAAUAGUAUCAUUGUGCCAGGUUUGUAGUUAAUGCUUAAAGCACGCUUUCAAGCGUUGGAAGGUUUGGGUCCAUGAAGUCGUAGGUACAGUGAACGCACAGGUGGUAUUUUAGUAUAAUUAGGCUGACGUGAUUUGAGAAUUCUUUUGCAAUGGAAGCAUUAGCAAAACAUGAUUUCAAUGCCACUGCAGACGACGAACUGAGCUUUCGAAAAGGACAAGUCUUGAAGAUCCUAAAUAUGGAAGAUGACAUGAACUGGUACCGAGCCGAACUAGAUGGCAGGGAAGGAUUAAUACCAAGUAAUUACAUAGAAAUGAAAACUCAUGACUGGUAUUAUGGAAGAAUAACAAGAGCAGAUGCUGAGAAGCUUUUACUAAACAAGCAUGAAGGAGCAUUCCUCAUUCGUGUUAGUGAAAGCUCUCCAGGAGAUUUCUCUCUUUCAGUGAAGUGUUCGGAUGGAGUUCAGCAUUUUAAGGUACUUCGUGAUGCUCAAGGGAAAUUUUUCCUUUGGGUAGUUAAAUUCAACAGUUUGAAUGAGCUGGUGGAAUACCAUAGAACUGCUUCUGUUUCGAGAUCUCAAGAGGUGAAGCUCAGAGACAUGGUUCCAGAAGAGUGCCUGGUGCAAGCAUUGUAUGACUUCACCCCACAAGAACCAGGAGAACUGGAAUUUCGUAGAGGUGAUGUAAUAACUGUGACGGACCGUACAGACCAGCAUUGGUGGCAUGGAGAAAUUGGAGCACGUAGAGGCCUAUUCCCAGCUACUUACGUUGCUCCGUACCAUUCAUAGCUGAUUUUAUACAUACGUCUAGCCUACAGGCUAUAACUCUCCUUAUAGGAAAGUAAUAUGAACAUUGUAAGUUGUGUGGAAGAUGUAAACUUGCAUUAUUAUUAAUUUUAUUUUAUUUUCAUAAGCUUUAUGUUGUCAUUCUAAUUUCUGUCAUAAUUUUAUAUGGAUUGUUAAAUAUUCAUAAAAACCAUGUGAUUCCUAAAUAUACAUUAUCUCUGAAGUGGCCUUUGUAGUUGUCUGAAAGUGAGCUUUUUAAUCAUUGAACUAAUAAUCAGAAAUAUUCUUAACUUUCACAAUCCAGAAAUGUUCCUUGGCUGUUUUACAUGAUGAGGCACAAGAAACAUACAUACCGUGCUGCAUUCUGCAUUCCUUAAAUUUUAAAAUGCUGCCCUUAUAUUACGACAUUGAAAAACUGUCAUGAAUCUUGUAAAUUUCUGCCAGUUUUAUUAAAGUAUUUUGUAUAUUUUUCCCAGA